AUGGUGUUAGCACGCAGUGUCUCUUUUUUCCUGUUUCUGUGGGUUUUUGUGGAGAACAGCCGAAGACAGCGGGUCUCCUCGUCCCCUCUGCCCCCACACAGAGCCCUUCAUCCUGGGAUCAUGUCGGACACGAAGCGCCUGGCCUUCUCCAUCCUCCGCUUCCUCCACGACCAGCUGAACUCGGGCACGCUGACGUCGGACGCCAAGGAGAGCCUGGAGGUCGCGGUGCAGUGCAUGGAGACCGCGUACGAGAUUUCCACCGACGACCAGAGUCUCGCCGUGCCCAUGUCGCUACCGGAGAUCUUCAACGCCGCCACAGCCAAGUUCCCAGCUCAGUCUCAGGCCAACAACAACUCCAGCCCCAACUGUUUAAGUGACGAGGACCGAGCGGAGGCCGAGGCGCUCAAGACGGAAGGAAAUGAACAGAUGAGAGUGGAGAAUUAUUCAGCUGCGGUGGAGUUUUACUCACAGGCCAUUGUACUCAACCCUCAGAAUGCUGUGUACUUCUGCAACAGGUGA